AUGAUUGUCGUUAAAAUUAAAAAUAAAUUGGCAAAGGACAUUGAAGGUUAACUGACUGAAAAAGAUCAAACUGAGGAGCUUGAUGACUAUAAAUUACUAACAAGGUAUCCAGCUAGAACAUUCCUUAGAGAAGGCUACUUGACAUCAUAGGUCUUAUUACCUGCUAGGCAGAGGUGGCUGGGAAUUCUACUUUCUGUAAUUAAUGGUCUCUUGACUCAUAGCAUGAUUUUUUACUAUGACUAUUAGUAAUAAGACGAUUAAGGAAAAAUAUGUUGGAUGGAUAUCAUUCUAUUAGUAAGAAAUUUCGGAUAAAGAUAUAGAACUAGAAUUCAACUUAAUUUAAUAAUUUAUAUGGUAACUUAUUGUUUACUUGGUGCUUUAUAUUUAUGCUACUUCUUUGGAGUAAAUGUAACACUUUUCGAUGAUAAGCAAUGGGUAUUGAUUAUUUAUGAGAUUAUCAUAAUGUUAAUUCUAACUGUUCUUUUGCUCAAUUAUGCUGUAAGGACUAAUGCUUUUAAAACUCCAAAGCAAUGUAAAAAAGAAUUAUUAGUUACAAUUAAAACUAUUGAAUCAGUAAAAGAGAGAUUAGAGAAAGAACAAGAAGUGAAUCCAAUUAAGAUACUUGGUAUUCCUAUGAGAUCUAAUGUUUUAUAUACAGUUUACACAGGCCUUAUUUCUUUGGCUGUUGCUAUGAUUUAAAAGAAAACUAAUUUUUUCAAUUGA